CCAACUUAACUCACGUCGCCUGUCAAUUGUCACCCGAGUUGCAAUUUUUAUAAUCAAAAGAUAAAAAAUUCUUAAUCACUUUUCAUACGACCAAAUUGGGUGCCAGUGUAUUGAAAAUACUGCAUAAAUUACAUCUGCAAACGAGGAGACAAGACCACAGUGGACAGGUUAAGAUCCACAAAGCAAAAGCAAAAAAAAAACUUUUGUGAGAGAGAAAAAAACUAAAAAAAAAAAUAGAAUAAAAACCACUAGCACAUACACACACACAUUCAAAAUGACGUCGUUGGACCAGAAUCGUUUGCAAAAUUUUAAAAACAAAGGCAAGGAUCAAGAGGAGAUGCGUCGGCGGCGUAAUGAAGUCACAGUAGAGCUUCGCAAGAACAAACGUGAGGAGACCAUUCUCAAGCGCCGUAAUGUGCCCAAUUUGGAUUCGAACACAGAUGAAGAUGACCAAGUGCCCAAUUCGAUCAAUUUGAAGAAACUGGCAUUGGCGGCGGCAGAUACCUCCAAACCGGAGCAACAGUUGCAAGCCGUUCAGGCAGCGCGCAAACUACUCUCGUCGGACAAGAAUCCACCAAUCGAUGAACUUAUCAAAAGCGCCAUAUUGCCCCAAUUGGUCAAGUGCCUAGAGCAACACAAUCACACAAUGUUACAGUUUGAAGCAGCAUGGGCGCUUACCAAUAUUGCAUCUGGCACAUCGGAUCAGACUAAUCAGGUCGUCUCUGCUGGUGCCGUUCCGCUCUUCCUUCAACUACUUAACUCACCCGCUCCAAAUGUCUGCGAACAAGCCGUAUGGGCUUUGGGCAACAUUAUUGGCGAUGGUCCAUUGCUACGAGAUUUUGUCAUUAAGCAUGGCGUUGUCCAGCCGUUGUUGUCCUUCAUCAAGCCGGACAUACCAAUUUCGUUCUUGCGCAAUGUCACCUGGGUGAUUGUGAACUUAUGCCGUAACAAGGAUCCGCCGCCGCCAGCCGCCACAAUCCAUGAGAUCCUGCCCGCACUGAAUGUGCUUAUCCAUCACACGGACACGAAUAUUCUAGUGGACACUGUCUGGGCUAUUAGCUAUUUAACCGAUGGCGGCAACGAGCAGAUCCAAAUGGUUAUCGAGAGUGGAGUUGUGCCGAAGCUAAUUCCAUUAUUGGGCAACAAUGAGGUUAAAGUCCAAACGGCGGCUUUGCGUGCAGUCGGAAAUAUUGUCACUGGAUCCGAUGAGCAGACACAAGUUGUACUCAACUAUGAUGCGCUCUCCUAUUUCCCAAAUUUGCUCUCGCACCCGAAGGAAAAGAUACGCAAAGAAGCGGUCUGGUUCUUGUCUAACAUUACCGCUGGCAAUCAGUCGCAAGUGCAGGCUGUCAUCAAUGUUGGUCUCUUGCCGAAAAUCAUCGAGAACUUGAGCAAGGGCGAAUUCCAGACACAAAAAGAAGCCGCAUGGGCCAUAAGUAAUCUGACUAUCAGUGGUAAUCGCGAUCAAGUCUUUACGUUGAUAAAAGAAGGUGUCAUUGCACCGUUCUGUGAUCUGUUAUCAUGCCAGGACACACAAGUUAUCAAUGUGGUACUCGAUGGUCUUAACAACAUGCUCAAAAUGGCCGAAUCGCAUGUGGAGGCCGUUGCCAAUUUAAUUGAAGAAUGCGAGGGUCUGGCUAAAAUUGAGCGCCUGCAAGGCCACGAAAAUGUUGAUAUCUAUAAACUGGCAUACGAAAUCAUUGAGCAAUACUUUACAGAUGAGGGCGAACAAGCAAAUCUGGCGCCAUCAUCCGAUGGCACACAGUAUAACUUUGACCCGAAUGCUGAUAAGCUACCGAUGAACUCUUUCAACUUUUAACGAUUUUAAACACGUUAGAAUGAACUUUACACCAUCAACCAAACAAAUCAAGAAAACAAACAAGAGCAACUAAAACCAGAAGAAACGAAGCAAAACUCUAACACACACAUUACACAAGGAAUAUGUGUAUAAAAUAAAAAAAAAGAAGAAUUAUAAUCAUAUAUGUAUAACCUAAAUAAGAACGGGAGAACUCCAUCUGAAUCCGACAAGCAUCAAGCAAUAGUGUUAUAAUUUCCCACAGUAACAAUGGCAAACAAUAAUAAUUAUUAUAUUAUACGACAUCUUAGUUCUAUUUAAAACGAUCUGUAGCAGAAAAAGAAGCAAACGAACCGCAAAAUAUGCAUAAAAUUGCAAUUUUCACUCUUCAA